AUAAGGAUCAGUUUUGACACCGACAACGUCGUUGUUGUGGAUUAUAAAGGAUUAAAACAAAAAAAAAAAUAAUAACUGUGUGGGGAUAAUAAUCUCGUCCUUUUUCUCUCUCUACUCCUAUCUUCUCAUCGUCGGUCGUCGUGUCCUUUGGAUGUGUGAACUUUUAGUGUUGGUUUUAAAUUUAAGAUGAAUUUCAUUUUUGUAUUGGAUUUUUCCGCAUAAAUAGAAAACAUACGAUUAACAGAAGUGACACACUGUUCGCUGGCUGCCGCUCUAACUACAGUGGUCCUUCUUCUAUUUCUGGGCAGCAAAUUUUAGUUUUUUUUUUAACUUUUUUUCUUAUAUACCAACAAGGACGAAAAGUCAACAAUAAUAAAAACCACUGAAACUGAACGUGUAACAAUUAGAGAUACGUACGCAUCAUGCUAAAUGGAAAAUGUGGCCUAAAGCAAAAAUCAGCCUCUCUAACAGAAAUGAAUGUAAACAACUGUCACAUUGGAAUUGCAUCGCACAAUCACAAUCAUCAUGAGGAUAAAAUAUCAAUACGGUCCAUUAGUUCGGACGAUAUAUCGGGGGCAUUAGGUGGGCGAUGUUGUAGUGCAGCGGCUAGAAAUCCAGCAAUAAAAACUGGACGUAGGAUACAACUUUUUCAGAUGAUAGUCCUGCCAUUCAUUCCUAUUUUGGCAUUGAUUGUACAAACAUCGCUUAUCCUGCAGGACAUUUUAACUUAUCGCAGCGAGGUAUCCGAUAUUGAAACUCAGGUGACAAUAGCAACAGACUUGGGAAAGGUGGUUACUCGAUUACAAUUGGAACGUUCUGAGGUUGCAUUUUUUAUAUUUACCAAUGGCAGUACACUCAGAUCGAAUUUAACUCAACGUUUCGCUGUUACCGACCAAGCGUUAAAUAACAUGAGCACAUGGAGCGAAGUGAGUGUGCCAACAUCGCCAGAUGACGAGGACUAUGGUGUUAUGCUGAAUCGCAGUGAAUUCCAAAAUAGGCUUAAUGAUUUUCGCCGUAAAAUAAGCUCCGAAGAAAGUUCCAUAUCCGAGGUAAUGAAUUGGUAUGCGGCUAUCAAUAAAGGAAUGCUCCAUCAUUUGUCAGAACAAAUCAAAGAGACAGACAAUAGUGGAGUUUGGAGAUAUCUUGUGGGUUUUAAAAAUCUCCUUAAAAGCAUCGAAUGCCAAGGCAUUGCAUCGUCCUUUGGUAUAAAAUACUUUGGACGCGGUGUCCUUGGCACCGAAGCAUACGUCUCAUACAUUCGCUAUGACUUCUUGGGCAAGGAACUAAUAAACUCCACAAUAAACUAUGUACCCUCGCUGAGGUCGAUGUACACGAAUCUUUCCAAGAAUAUGGGCGACUUUCAGCAAUUGAAGAAUUGGAGCUCAAUAAUUUUGAAAAAUAAAAGAAUCGAACCGAGAGUUGAUGAUGCCAUUGAUUAUUAUGAUUUGAUGUUGACUUACACCGAAGAGCUGCGAGUCCUUCAAAGGGAAUUGAGGAAAAACAUCAAGGACUAUGUGGAGAAUACUUUGGUCCAGGCGAGCAACAAGGAGGCGGUUGGAAUCGCCAUUCUAGUUGUGGUGCUUUUGGUGUCGCCAAUAAUCAUCAUCCUUGUUCGCAAUGCUGCGGCAACUAUUCAAAUGUAUGCAAUUCAUUUGGCACAAAAGGCUAAAGAACUAAAACGAGAGAAGCGUAAAAGUGACACCCUGUUGUUUCAGAUGUUGCCUCCAAGUGUUGCAAUGCAGUUAAAGCAGACUAGGCAGGUACCAGCUGAGUCCUAUGAAGCUGCAACUAUUUACUUUAGUGAUAUUGUUGGUUUCACAGAAAUUGCCGCUGAAUGCACGCCACUUGAGGUGGUGACAUUUUUAAAUUCAAUUUAUAAAGUUUUCGAUGAACGAAUUGAGUGCUAUGAUGUAUACAAAGUGGAAACGAUUGGAGACUCCUACAUGGUUGCCUCGGGAUUGCCAGUUAAAAAUGAAAAUUCCAUUUUAGGUAACAAACACAUAACCGAAAUCUCAACCAUGGCCUUGGAUUUAUUGGAUGCCUCUAGCUUUUUCAAAAUCCCACGCCGAAGUUCAGAAACUUUACAAAUUCGUUGUGGAGUUCAUACUGGCCCGGUGGUAGCUGGAAUUGUGGGGACAAAGAUGCCUCGUUAUUGUCUAUUUGGUGAUACAGUGAAUACAGCAUCUCGCAUGGAAUCAACAGGCGAGGCACACAAAAUUCACAUUACCGAAGAAAUGAAUGAUGCUUUGGUUAAAGUUGGUGGAUUUAAAACAGAACAUCGAGGAUUAAUAGAUGUUAAGGGAAAAGGACUAAUGAGCACUUACUGGCUAACGUGCAAGGACGGUCCAGUUGUGCAACGCGAGGAGAUCUCCUGGUAUGCCGAUAUGCAGCCAGUUUUCCUGCAAAACCUCAAAUACGAUGGCUACAUGAAAAAGAUGUGAUUCACAUCGUCAUUGCCACCGCGUAAUCGUAAUCGAUGUCGUCACAAAAAGUCAAUCUACUACAAUCUGUUUGUGAAUUCGUUGUUCAAUUCGGAACUGCUGCUAGGGCCAACCAAAUACAAAUAGAGGCAUAACCAAAAAACCCAAAACCAAAAGAAAAAAAAAAAAAAAAACACUACACAUUUUAUUUAUUAACGUAAUUGUAAUAAUUUAGAAUUAAAUGUUUUAAUAAAUGUACAAGAAUAUUUCCAUUUCAAACUUCCGGUAUAUUUGCCGUAGUUUGUCUCAGGAAAAG